UUUCGGAGAAUACUGUCGAACAUUUCAAAGUCUGUAGCUAUGAGUGCUUCGUCGACAAGGUCCAAUGUCUUGUCAUAUGAGGAAUAUGUCAAAUCUGAUCGAGCCAAAGUAAUUCACUAUAAAUGUCGGGGUGGAGUAUACCAAAGAGGAGGAGAUAACAAAAUUCGCAGAGUAGAAGUUGAUGAUAGAGAUCUUUCGUGGCUUAUUGUUCCUAAAGAAGAAUACAGACCUCAGAUAUUUACAACAAAGUCUGUAAUGUUAGAUUCUAAAACACAAAAGAAACCUGUUUGGGCUGAUUACGAUGUUGGUACAAAAGAACUACAAGCUGCAAAAUGGAAUAGCUUCGAUAAUCUUGAUGGUAGCAGAAUAGAUAGGAGAAGUUACGAAUGUAAAUACAAGUUAGAAACAUUAAAUGGAACUUCGGUUCCUCUAAAUCCAAAAGGACGAACGGGUCUAAAAGGCAGAGGGGCACUUGGACGCUGGGGGCCAAAUCAUGCGGCUGAUCCAAUAGUCACCAGAUGGCAACCUGGAAAAAAGAGAGGCGAAAAAAGAGUCCUUGAAUUUAUUGCUAUACAGAGAAGAGAUACAGGAGAAUGGGCUAUACCUGGCGGGAUGGUUGAUCCUGGUGAACAAGUAAAUGUAACAUUAAGACGGGAGUUUGGAGAGGAAGCAAUGGCAUCUUUAGAAGUUCCACCUGAAGAGAGAGCACGAAUCCAGCAAAAUGUAGACGAAUUAUUUCGUAAAGGAGGAGAUAUGAUAUAUAAAGGUUACGUUGAUGAUCCUCGUAAUACUGAUAAUGCUUGGAUGGAAACGGAUGCUUAUAAUUUUCAUGACGAAAAUGGAAAUAGUGUAGCUAAAUUUAAAUUACACGCUGGUGACGAUGCUACUGGAGUUCAAUGGAUGGCAAUUACUAAAGAUAUCAGAUUAUACGCAAGCCAUGCCCAUUUUGUUCAAACUGUAGCUAGGAAAAGAGAGGCAGCAAUGACCUGAAGUUAGGAAUAAUCUAGGCUUUAUUUAAAAAGAAAGUCUAACUGUUACUAUUAUUCUCCUAAUUUAGCGUGCCUUGCAACGUAGCUUUAUGUAUUGAUGAAAAACAAAAUUAAACUCAUGCCUAAUUUCUCUCCUCAUUUAAAAAUCUUUGUUUAAUAUUCAAUUUUAUUAAUUACAAAGUAAAUCACAUUAUUACAAAAAAAUUCUCUCUCAUCCUUUUAUUGUAAUAUAUUUUCCAAUUAACUUAAAAAAUGUAAUAAUAACAAUCGCUACAAAAUUUAAUGAAGAGUUAAUAAAUCUAUCUUUGACUAAAGUUUAUAUUAUAAGUUUCUAUUCAAAGUAAAGAGCUAUAUCAUUCUUUAUACAAAUGAAAUUCAAUAUAAAAAAAGGAUAGGGGAAUGGUGGAAUAGCGGCGAAUUUGCCGGACUACUGUUUAUAAGUUCCAGCAGUUUUAGCAUAGAAUUCCCCAUCAGCCAGUGUAGAAUUCUAUUAGAAAAAUAUUCUUGUAGCAGAACAUUUAGCAAAAAAGUAUUAUAUUUACUCUAUUUAUUUCCAUUUGCCUUUUUUUGCUGACUAUUUCUUCAAUAAUUUCCCCUUCUCCCCUAAUUAGUCUAAAUGUUGAAAAAAUUAUUUGGUUUAUAAGCAAAAUGAAGAGUUCUUUCUUACCUAAUCCGUCCACUUUCGGGAUCAAAUUCUCGACGAAUUUCUUGAGAUUUUUUCUUCCACUCGUCAUAAGUCAUUGGACGCAUGAAAUUUUUGGGAGUCUCCUUAGUUUCGCCUUUAAAGAAACAAAUUGUUUGCUUAUGUUAUAUUUGUAUCAUAGAACUGCCAAGUUAAAAAAAAAAAAACGUAAUCUAGUGCGUGUGUUGUCGUGAAAAUGAUUAAUACACAAGAAAAAAAUGAAAUCUUUUUAUGUUUAGAGUAACGAAAGUAAUUACAAGGGAGCGAAUAGAAUAUUAAUUUUAUAACUUUGAAAGUUAUUUUGAAUUUCAUAGAAAUAUAAAAGUGUUUACGAACUUGCUGCUUUUGGUGCGUCAGGAGAGGAAUCUCUUUCUUUUUCAUCUCGCUUUUUAUGCUUUUUAGACUUUUUUUUAUGCUUAGAUUUUUUCGAAUGUUUAUGCUUCUUUUUCUCCUUUUUGUGCUUCUUUUUCUUCUUUUCGAUUUCAAAAGAACUGUCCGAACUUGUCGACCGGGAUGUGGAUGCUGUUUGUCUCCUACGCUUUCUACUUCUAUCUUCUUCAGGCGAGUCUCUGGAAAUAAAGGCUUAUUGAUAUUUUUUCUCUUAGUUUAAUUUAAAGCUAACGGUGUUGUCAUAAUUUAAUAGAA